AUGGCUAUAACAUUUUGGGUCUUACCAAAGCCACAGUCAGGAGCCUCACUCAAAUCUUUUCCCUUUCCAAAGAAGCAUAGUUCUGAGAAAAAUUUUCAAAUUGAACUUUUUUAUACGCAAUAUAAAAUUA